UGCUAGUAACGGCUCUAAAUCCACCUUUGAGAAGAGUGUAACAAGGUGAUCCAGAGUUUUUUUCGCUUUUAAAAGUAAACAAAAACAAAGUAAGAAAGAGGGAAGGCAAGGGGGAGCCCUCCGAUCUCCCUUCUUCUUCGUAUUAUUAUUGAUUCGUUUUACCCAAAACCAAAUCGAAUCGAAUUCCCCCACUAUUUUCGCUUUGUUGACGAAACCAAAGUCGCAGUUCUCCUUUCUUUCUUUCUUUCUUUCUGCGGAGAAUUGUGGAUAGUUUUGGAGACAGAGUAAGAAGAUAUGGUGUCGUAUGUGAGCUUGUUGUUGUAUGGAGUGGGAGGGAUAGUGGUGGCGGGGAUGGCACUGUUGGUGGCAUUUCAAGAGAGGCUGGUCUACGUCCCGGUUCUGCCUGGUCUCACCAAGUCUUAUCCAAUAACACCCGCCCGUCUCCGGCUUAUGUACGAGGAUGUCUGGUUGACAUCCUCCGAUGGAGUACGACUUCAUUCCUGGUUCAUCAAGCUCUUCCCUGAUUGCAGAGGUCCAACCAUUCUUUUUUUCCAAGAAAAUGCUGGCAAUAUUGCCCACCGACUUGAAAUGGUUCGUAUAAUGUUGCAGAGGUUACAAUGCAAUGUGUUUAUGCUUUCUUACAGAGGAUAUGGAGCAAGUGAUGGCUAUCCUUCUCAACAUGGUAUUACAAAGGAUGCUCAGGCCGCAUUGGAUCAUCUAGCUCAGAGAACUGACAUUGACACAUCUAGAAUAGUUGUUUUUGGAAGGUCACUUGGGGGUGCAGUGGGAGCAGUGCUUGCUAAAAACAAUCCUGAUAAGGUUGCUGCUUUAAUACUGGAGAAUACAUUCACAUCUAUCCUGGAUAUGGCUGGAGUUCUACUACCUUUCUUGAAGUGGUUCAUUGGUGGCAGUGGUUCUAAAGGCCUCAAGGUUCUUAAUUGCCUUGUACGGUCUCCAUGGAGUACUAUUGAUAUUAUUGGCCAGGUCAGACAGCCAAUCCUAUUACUCUCAGGAUUGCACGAUGAGAUGGUUCCCCCAUCUCACAUGCAGAUGCUUUAUGCUAAAGCAGCUUCACAUAACAAGCAGUGCAUCUUUGUUGAAUUUCCUACUGGUAUGCAUAUGGACACAUGGCUGGCUGGAGGUGACCAUUAUUGGAGAACAAUUAAGCAGUUCAUGGAUCAAAAUGUCCCUGAGAACAAGGAAUAUGAUUCACAUCAGAAUGAUAGAGAUUAGGCAGCAAGGUGACUUUGUGAACCCUUCUGAUGCCCAGUUGUAAAAUUGGUCAAGCCCAGGAAAGAUCGUUUUACCAGGUUUCGAAAUAGCAGCAGUCGAAAGCCUUUUAGGAGUUGCUGCUAUCGAAUGAAAAUGUGCAAUUGGGUGUUCUGCAAAAAUUCUUUGAUGUCACAAAGUUCUGGAGAUGCCAGAAAAUGCAAAUGUAUUUUUGGUUACGUAACUGCUGUAUUACUGGAGUCUGAACAAAAUAUUGAAUCAAUUGGACGUAUCCCUCCUACAAAAUAAGAUGCUGAAAAUCAACCAUAUAAUUUUAAGCUUCAACUAAUUUGCUUGCCCCUA